CCGGAGCCAACUCCGCCAUACCAAACCCCAACUGAAAGUACCAGCAUCUCGACAGCAUUUGAGUCCUCACCAGCUGGUAAUAGUAGCUCGUCGGCUCCAAUUUCGCGCGCACCUAGCAAAGGUAUUUCCAAGGGGGCCACUACCGGAAUAGGAAUUGGAUGUGCAGCAGCUGGAGCACUAAUUGCAGGCCUACUUUUUUUUCUCCUAGUCCGUCGAAAACGACAGCCAAAACACCAAUCCCUGGGCCCAUACCCAGAGAGUGGUUAUCUCGGAGAUGUAAAGAUUCCUAUGGAAGCGAUUAGUUCAUCUUCACGAGGGGCAGCUGUAACCAACAUUGACCGACUGUUACCUCAGCCCGCUGAAGAUGAUGCCAUAAUAGGAGGAUUGUCUCGAGUUCGCGAUGGAAUUAAGAACCACGUUCAAAAUUAUUACCAUCAGUCCACGAUUCGACCGGAACUUGUUGAUGAGACGGAAGUAAUUGAGCUGGCCCAUACUACUGGAAUACCAGCAGCAACUUUACGAAAGCUACUACUGAAACCAUCAACACGGCUAGCCGCCAUUCGACUGUACCUCGCGCAACUCAUACUUUCAAGUUGCGAAGGACAACAUGGUUCUAACACAUCAUUUCUCCCUCAGGAGAUUGCCGCACUUGCUGCAUCUCUCGCGACAGAAAAGACUGGAUUAGGUAAGUAAAACCAUUAUAUCUCAACAAGAUGCUCGCUAACAACUUCGAUACAGUUCAACCAGUCCUCUUUAGUAAAUGGAAAGCAAUUACUGGGGCACUGCUUCAGCGACAAUAUGGCCAAUCUUCAAGCGACCAUGAUACUCGAAACCAGAGCGUCAACCGGGCCAUAACAACAGCAGACGCAGUGCUCCGCCCAUUUAUUGACCAGGGUGUAGAUAUACAGGCGCGACGAAGAAAUUUGGAAGGCACCAUGAAGCGCGCGGCCCAACUUGCCUUCCUCCUAUUCUCUCAACCAGCCUCGUUCCACUUCGACUUCAGCGGGACAAGACAGGGUGACAGAUUACUUGUGUUUCCAGCUUUGGUGCAGACUGUCAGCGAUGAGGCUGAAGUGCUUUCGCCCCCACGUGUGCUGAGCGGGCCGGAGGAGCUUGCCGUUCUCAGACAGCGCUGUGAUGAGACAUGCAGUCGGCCAUGUUGGAGGAAGAGUGCAAAAGUCACAUCCUAUGAUUUUGAGAGUGUAAGAACAGUUGUGCAUUAUUUGUACGCCGGCAAGAAAGCAGGUAUCCCCGCUCGCCCCGUAAGGUAA